AUGUUUCAGGUACUACAUGGAGAAAAGCCACUCUAUAUCCAAGCAAAUAACUGUGUAGAAGCUAGUGAGUGGAUAGAAGCUCUUUGCCGGGUAACGAGAUGCAACCAGAAGAGGCUUAGUUUUUACCAUCCUUCUGCUUUUCUGAAUGGGAACUGGCUUUGCUGCAAGGCUACAAUAGAGAGCACAGUGGGCUGUGCUCGUUGCACUGCAGAAACAGAAAGAAUUUACUCACUUUUCACUCUCAACAUAUCUAAACUACAGAAGUUGGAAGAGGCUUGCGGAAGUAUAGCAGUCUAUCAAGGUCCACGGAAAGAACCAGAUGAUUAUUCUAACUUCACAAUUGAAGAUUCUGUAGCAACGUUUCAUACACUGAAACAGAUAAUAGAUGUAGUAGAAAAGCUGAAUGAAUCACAUGAAAAAUACCAAAAGAAGAGAUCAUCUAGUGCUAAAUAUGGUAGUGAAGAAAAUCCAAUUGUUGGAAAAGUUUCCUAACCAAAACAAACUGGCACACUUGGAUGAAAAAAGAAACUGGAAAUGUUAUUGAGUGUUUGGGGGUUUUGUUUUGGUUUUGUUUUUUUAAUACAUUAUACGGAUUUUUACAAAGUAUUUAAGGAUGAACAUAAAUGCUAGUUCUGUUGACAAUCUAUUUAAUAUUUAAUAGAAAAAUACCUACUUGGAAAUCUGAUCUUAAGGUUUAUUCUCAUUUUGUUGAAGAACUUGAAGUUCCAGGUUCUUGAAGUAACAGGUGUGAAUAAAUCUAAAUAUUGUUUUGCCAUUGUUAUCUUAUUGGAAAGAACUUUUUAAACAAGUAAGCUUUUUUGAUGGAAGAAAAUCCACAUGGAAUUUGUUGGUUGAAUUACAUCUCUCAAUACAUACACUGCAAAGUUGCAUGAGUUUACUGUAAGGGCCUGCCCUGCUGAUACGGAGCUUGAAAUAGAAAUCCCAAGAUACUAUGACAUGGAAGAGAUCAGAAGCUUCACACUCAAUUAAUCUGACUGUUUUCCGUGUAUUAGGUGUUGUCAGGACAUGAUUUAUCUACAGCUGAAGUCUUAGAAAAUCAUGCAGCAGUAUGCUGCAAAUAAUCUGGACAGCAGAUACCAGUGUUAGUUAAGUUUUUAAGUACUAAGGAAGAAGAAAUCAGGGAACUUGUGUUGUACCUCUUGUUUACAUUUGGGGUGAGUAAUAUAUGGAGUGACAUUAGACCACUAUCUAUUUGCUUUAGGGUUUUUUAAUUUCUUAAUCUAAAAAGAAAUGCAGGGUAGCAACAUUCUUCUUAAAUAAGUUUUCCUACAGAUAGAAAAAUUUAAAUGUGAACAGAUUGUGGUUAAGUACUGAUCAAUUUACAUCAUCCCAUGUAUGAUUUUGUUUCUUUUUUAUAUAAAAAGUAAUAACUAGGUCCAGCUCACCUUUUGACUACAAAUCUAAUCAAUAAUAUCUAUUAUAAUCACUCAA